GAGAAUCCAGUUGAUUGACGUAAAAAUCAGUUCGAUUCUUCAUCUCACUCUCAAAUCGACCGAGGUCCUCUGUUAAUCUAUCAAUCCCCAGGAACAACAAGAACCCUAGUUGUUAGGGUAAUCUCAAAUUUUCAUCUGAGGGACUAUUUAUUUUCUGUGAAAUUCAUGCAAUUUCACUCGAUCAAUCAAGAAUCAGAAAUGGACGAGAAAACGAAGAAGCAGAAAAAGGGCGCCAUUAGUGAAGAAGACGUAUCCACCAUCUUACAAAGGCAUACAGCUACAACAGUGCUAGCUUUGCUUCAGGAAGUGGCUCAAGUUCAGGAUGCAAAGAUUGACUGGAAUGCAUUGGUGAAACGAACUACUACUGGUAUCACAAAUCCAAGGGAAUACCAAAUGCUAUGGCGCCAUUUGGCUUAUCGCGAUCCAUUAGUUGAAAAUUUAGAAGAAGAAGCUAAACCUUUGGAUGAUGAUAGCGAUUUAGAAUAUGAGCUGGAAGCUUUUCCACCUGUCAACAAUGAGGCUUUAAUGGAGGCUGCAGCAUGUGUGAAGGUACUCAUAGCUUCUGGUUCAGCAUGCGGCUCUGGCUUAGAAAAGGGCUUGACCAUUGAGGCUCCAUUGACUAUAAAUAUACCUGAUGGGAAGUCAGCCGGAAAUCCAUCUGAAAAUCCACAAGUUGCUAGUAAUGUGAGAGGGACCAACAUCACAGUUCCAGUUUCUGUUCAGAAACAGCCACUCCCAACAGUUGCAUCUACCGAAGGAUUGGAUACAAAUGGUUGUGCAAGUUCCAGCUUGCCACCUCGGAGGAAAAGAAAACCAUGGUCUGCAGCUGAGGACAUGGAACUGUUCUCUGCAGUGCAGAAAUGUGGUGAAGGGAAUUGGGCAAACAUCUUAAAAGGAGAUUUUAAGGGUGAUAGAACUGCUUCACAGCUAUCUCAGAGGUGGAAUAUCAUCAAGAAGCGAAAUGGUAACUCAAACAUCAGGACUGGAUCACAACUUUCUGAGGUACAUCUAGCAGCUCGGCGGGCACUUAACAUGGCCCUCGAUCAGCCUGGAUUGGAUAAUUUGAAGUCAUCUUCUUCACUUGGUAGGACGAAAUCAAGCAUCACCUCAAAUGCUUCCGCACGUCCUAUUGUAGCCGACACUCCAUCCACUAGCACCCUUCCUCAAGAUCUGGCCUGCGAAGACUCGACCCCAAUAAAAACGUUUUCUAAAACCCGACCAAAAACAUCACCAAAGCCUCUUGCCAAUGGGCCGGAUGCAGUGAAAGCUGCUGCAGUUGCUGCUGGGGCCCGCAUUGCUACCCAAUCGGCUGCUGCAGCUAUAUUGAAGCAACAGCUAAAGAGCGCCAUCCACAUCAAAACAAGUGUUACUGGCAACACUAGAACGUCACCUGGUGCCAACUUUCGUGACCUUCAUUCACCAAACGCAAAUGUGGGACCCAUAUUGAAUCCGAGCAGCACUGGCCCGGAAAUGAACGGUAUUGCCAUUUCCACCUCACCAAAGAGAAUACAAGAAGAUGAAACUGCUAUUUCAGGAAAUGCACAAGAUGAAUCUUCAAGUAGAGCAGAUGCAGAAAAUGGGAAUCUUGGAAGACUUGAGGCUUCGGCUUCAAAUACAAAUAUUCAGGAUACUUCAGAAAAGGAAGGUAAACCAUUUGCAGCCAUUGAACGUAGGAUUAGUGGUGAUGGUGAAGUUGUGAUGGUGGAAAGUGGUGAGAAUGAAAGCGUUAAACAGGACCAUCGAGAAGUCGAAAGCAAAGAUGGAGUUUAAGUGAUGUAACAGCUAGAAGUAGGAGUUUCCAGAUUAGAUGAAAACUUUGUUUCUGGUUUGAUAUUUUAUCAGUCUCCUUUGUCUGUUGAGUGAUGCAUUCACAGUUGUAUUCAGUUUUGUUAGGAAGUAGCUUUACUUUGAAAUUAGCAAUAGCCUGAUGCUUUUUUUGGUC